AGGGAGGGGAGAGUGGGAAAGAGACAGCUGAAGAGUGGGGAGGGGGCAAAAGGAAAAAAAAAGAGAGAGAGAAAAAAAUAAUGGAGCUGAGAAAGGGGGAAAAGCCAAGGGGAAAGUUGACAGCGAAAGGGUUUUAGGUUUUCUUUUCGUAGCGGAAUCGGUCCAGGGAUCCGAUUUCAGAAUAUCGAGUUUAGAGAUAGAUGAAAGAAGAAUCUCGUGGUGGCAGCUCGUCACACAUGGGUGUUCCAUUUAAUUCUGAGAAUUUCAGGCGUUCUUCACUAACUAAUUGAGUAUCUUGGAGCACUUCUUAAUUGGUUAUACAUGUUAACAAAAGGUUGAAAGAGUAUGGAGCAUCUUGAGCAUCCAUCUACUGUUUCUUAUAUCCUGGGGGCCUUACAUUACCGGUUUCUGAUGCUCACAGUUUGGUUGUGCUGUUUCAAAGGCUUAACUUGUCAGAAAACUGUAGUUGAACCCAAGGCGCAUGUUCCUUAUAAAUUUGAACUGUCUGAUCCUCCUAUUGGGCUUUUCGACCCCAUAGAAAUUUCUCCUGCAGUUGUUCCGCGUAAUCCAUAUCCCGUGGAACCAAUAUCACCAAUGUAUCCUUCCUUUCCUGGCACAUAUGAGCCAAUAUUGACUGGGAAAUGCCCCAUAAACUUUUCUACGAUUUCAAAUAUUAUAGACAAGACAGCUUCCGAUUGUUCUGCCCCAUUAGCUGCUCUUGUUGGAAAUGUGAUCUGUUGCCCCCAGGUUAAUAGUUUACUGCACAUUUUCCUAGGCUCUUACAGUGGUCAAUCUGAUGCCCUUGUUCUCGAACAAGCUGUUGCUGAUGAUUGCUUUUUAGAUAUUAUAAGCAUAUUGGCCAGCAGAGGAGCGAAUAGUAGUAUCCCUACACUUUGCUCAGUGAAGACCUCAAAUCUUACCGGUGGAUCUUGUCCUGUAAAGGAUGUUGCUUCAUUUGAGAAAAUAGUCAACACUAGCAAACUACUAGAGUCCUGCAGUACUGUGGAUCCGUUGAAAGAAUGUUGUAGGCCUCUCUGUCAACCUGCAAUCAUGGAGGCUGCAAUGCACAUUUCAUCAAAUGGAUCCAGCAGUCUUGACAGUUCUGGCAUACCUGGGAGCUCUGCUGGAAUUGAUUCUGUCAAUGACUGUAAGGCGGUUGUUUAUGCUUGGCUUUCUAGGGAGCUUUCAUCAGAAGAUGCUAAUACUGCAUUUCGGUUAUUAUCUAACUGCAAAGUCAACAAAGUUUGUCCACUGAAGUUUGAAGAUCCUUCAAGCGUAAUCAAAGAAUGUCGUGCUUUGGCUGCUCCAAAUCCUUCCUGCUGUACCUCCUUAAAUGCAUACAUCGCAACAAUACAAAAGCAAAUGUUAAUAACAAAUAGGCAAGCAAUCAAUUGUGCGACAUUGUUUGGCUCCAUGUUGCAGAAAGGCGGUGUUAUGACAAAUAUAUAUGAGCUUUGCGAUGUUGACUUGAAAGACUUUAGUCUUCAAGCUUAUGGGCAACAAGGCUGUCUUCUUCGGAGCUUGCCAGCAGAUGUUAUAUUUGACAAUUCAACAGGCUUUAGUUUUACAUGUGACCUGAGUGACAAUAUUGCUGCUCCAUGGCCGUCGUCAUCCUCGAUAUCUUCGCUGUCUCUUUGUGCCCCAGAGAUGUCCCUACCUGCAAUGCCGGGGCCACAAAUGUCAGGAGGAUCUGGUAAUGGUCAUCGUGCAGCCAGAUCGCUGGUCCUGGUCUUUUUGUAUCUUGUUUGUCAGACUUUUAUGAACGGUCAUCCAGCCAGCAGAUUUUGCGGUGUAUGAGAGAUUUCAUGGGCAGGCCGCUCGACAUUUAUAUUGAGCGACUCUGCGGCCAGCAAGGAGAUUCCAUGGUCUAGCCUCUUAACAUGUAUAGAAGUUGUUUUGGGGGCGAGUUGAUCGAGUGACUGGUGCAGCUUUGAGUGAAAACAUCGAGACUGUACUGGUACUUAAUGCCAGGAGAAUGUCCUUGAAAUGAUGGGUUCUGUAGUAUCCAUGUGAUAUUUUUGGGGUUCAUUUGUGAAUAUAGAUAGUAGAAAGGUGAUGUGGGUACUCUGAUCCGCCAUUAUCAUUGUAUUUAUCGUUUGCAUAUUGCAUUUUUUUAGGUCUCAGGUGGCCUUUCUAGUUUCAUUUUGCUUCGCUUGUAGGUCUGUCCAAAUCUGUCGUAAAGCGUGCUAUUUAGACUUGAUUUUUUUCCGACGGUUUGUCGUCGGUCAAUAUGAUUACGCUGGUAGUGGUGAA